UGAACGAACACCGGAUUUCCCAAGGCUUGCUGGCCAGUUGCGCACUGCUCUCUGCAGGCAGGCCAAUCUAUCAAUUACACUACAAAUGAAUGGCGUCCGCAAACUUUGGGGAGGCGGAAGCCCGUCUACCAGUUCACCAACAACACAAACACCUGGUCCAGCAACACCUAUAACACCUAUAUCGCCAGCACCGUCAGCCGCGCCCUCUUCCGAAAGUUCUCCACUCACGACAACUCCAGGACUUUUCAUCAAGAAAAAUAAGAAACAGUCAUCUGUAGCAACUGUUUCAGACGCUGGGAACGGUAACGACGUCAAUGGCUCAGACCGCUCGGCGUCGCCUGCUUCAUCCCGAGUCACUUCUCCCUUACGAAAACCAGUCCCAGCCCCAAUCCCAGUCCCAGGUCCCUCAUCUCCAAGAAUUUUACCCCCACUCAAACCACGAGCGUCUACAGCUUCAGAAUGGAAACGCACCUCGGGAUUACUCAAUAUAAGGGACGACCUCCUCAUGAGUCUUCUCACAAGCGAAGCAGUCGUAGAAAGCCGCGAAUGCGAGAUCUUAAGCGGAGAAGAAGUGGAAGAACUCAAAAAAGAACAUCAAAUUCUCAAAAUUCGACUCGCUGCAGCACAGAGGAAGCUCAAGUUAGAAACAAAGAUCCGCGAUGCAGCUCUAUCUCUUUCAAAAGUAAACACUGCGCACAAGAAAGUCUCAAAAGCCACAGACGACCAGCUAGACGCUGCAGAACGCAAAGUCAACGCUGCACAGACGGAACUUUGGCGCGUUUCAGAACGAACAAGCGAAGUCGAACGAAAGCUUUUGGAACAUCGUGCAGGCGUGCUUGGUUUCUCUGUCUCCAAGAUGGAGAGAAAGAUGACGCCUAGUGCGGAUGCAUCGGGCUUGAACACGCCCAAUAAGAGUUCGGCCUUUUACUCCGUUACGACCGCCUCUCCAUCACCGAAAGCGCGAUUCGACGGUGCACACCUAUUCGCAGGCCACGCCGACGCACAAAUCCCCAAAGCCCCACCAUCCGUCGAUGACAUCGUCACACUCGAAAACAAGCUCCGAGCUGCAACGGGGGCCCUCAGCAUCGCGAACCAGAAACAAGCGGAGAUGGCACGCGAAUUAUCUCACCUCCGUCUCGAGAAGGAACAGAUCGAAACGACGAUGGGUAUGGAACUUCAGACUGCUGAAGAAACUGUUGCUGCGCUGGAGCAAGAGUUUCCACGUCUCGAGGAGCUGAAUGUGAAAUGUCAGGAAUUGCUCGAGGAACGCGCGCAGUGGGAAAAGGAUAAGAUUCUGUUGGCUGCAAGGGAGAAGGAGGUGGAGAGGCUGGAGAGGCGGUUAGAGGUCUUGGAGGAGCAGAGUGGCGAAGCGACUGAAAUGGAACGCGCACUCUCGGACGUACAGACAAAGUGCGAUGCGGAACUGCAGACAAAGGACGAGGAGAUCGCAGCGCUGAAGAAAGAGUGGGAGGAUGCAAAAGAGGAUUGGGAGGCGGAAAAAGCUAUGAUGGAGGAAGAUAAGCUUGCAGAGCUUGGUGCGCUACAGGAUGAGCUUGAAGAUGCAAGAGAGGAAUGGGAAGCGGAGAGAACUGUGAUGGAGGAGAAUAAAUCUACAGAGCUUGGUGCGCUGCAGGAUGAGCUGGAUGAUGCGAGGGUUGGUAGCGAAGCACGAGCAGAGUUGGAUGAAGCUAUCGAGGCACUUCGAACAGUCAUGCAGCUGCAUGGAAUCCAGAUUUUCCCCGAUACGUCCUUGCAGGGUCUCCUUGCCUCGGUCGCUUCACACCUUGAAACGUUGUCGGCUGCGCUGCAGGGGCAUAGUGAUAGGCAUGCGCGCCUUGGAGAUGAGCUGCAAGUACACAUGGCGAAGAACGAUACUCUCUCAAAGGACCUGGAUGCCGUUCGCCUGGACAGGGACAACGCACAACUUGAAAUCCAAUCCCUGGAGUCACGAGUCAAGGAACUCAUCGAUGCCUCAUCAAUACCUACCGACCCCCCAGUCCAAUACACAGGCGAAGUAGCAGACAUCAUCGCCAUUCUCCAACCCAUCUGGAACAUCCUCCCCGCGCCCGAACUCCGCGCCUCGAAACUCAACAGCAAACGACACCUCCGAAACCCUUCCAUGAUCUCGAAUCUAAGCAGAUCAUCACCAUCACCAUCACCAUCCAAAUCCACCCUUUCUGACAUGGACGUACGCGCGCUCAAAUCUCUCUAUGACGUCCGCUCGCAACCUCCUCCUACUCCUACUUCAGCAACUAGUCCUCCACCCCCAGACCAAAGAAAAGGCACGUUCAGCGUCGAAGCAUUCGUCUCGCGCGUCCAAACGCUUGUCAUGGACGAUCGAGCGCUAAUUGAAAGACUGAUACGGUUCGCCCAAGCACACGACCUACUCAAGAAAAACGCAGAACGCGCUCAAAAACUUGCACAAGAUAGUAAUACAGCGCUAGAGACGUAUCAGCGGCAGGUAGCGACGCUUGAACGGCAGAAUGCUUCUUUGGUGUCGAAGCAGAACGCAUUGAUGGAUGAGAUACGUGACCUACAAGACGCUAUCGAACGUGCGGUCUGUGAGUCCCGCGAGAUGGAGAUGCAUGCCGCGGAUCAAGCAGAGACGUGUCGACAGCUCACAGAGGCUAAUAGCUCGCUGAGUGCCAAGACACUUAGGCUUGCUGAAGAAGCUGCUGUAGCCCCUGAGAAGGUACGCAAGCAACUUGAAGGUCAACUUGCGGAGUGCACAGAGGCUUUGAGGAAGGCGAGAGAGGAGGUAGAUGGGAUGAGGAUGUCGGAGCAGACGCAGAGGAUUGCGUUGCUGGAUGAGCUUAAUUCGAUGCAGACGGAGAAUGGGAAUUUGAGGGCGCAGUUGAGGGCGAAGAAGUAAGUGGGUUGGAUUGGGUCUGCAGUUUUGUUGCAGGGUUUGAUGGAAUAUCCUGAUACCUAAUCGACGGAGAAUUUCGUACGGAAAAGCAAGAUGCAAGAUGCAAGAUUCACGUUUGGGGGAACAUUUUUGAAAGGGAGAUCUACUAGUAAUAGUGAAUGGAAGUCGUCA